AUGACGCCCUUGAUCUGGAACAAGGAGGAUGAUAUUGAGUUGCUUGCUUGGAUUGACUUUUGCAAGCUGCAGAAAGUGGGAACCAAAGAAGACACGCUCGACUACAUGAUUGAGCACUCCCGCUUCACCAGUCGCGAUGCAGUGAAGGAACAUCUAAGCGAGCUAUGGGAAAGAUAUGGUGAUCAGAGUGAGGACUCGGAUCAAACAAUGUCCCUAGUUGAUAUAAUAAGCAAUGGAUCUGCUUACAUGACCAAGCUCCCAGGCGAGAUGCGCGAGAGCAUAAGAACGAAAGUUGACGGCAAUUCCAGCGAUUCACUAAUGCUGCUCAUCAUUUCUAAAAUGGGGGAUCAUAGAAAACAGAAGAAAGCCACGAAAAACUCGGGGGACCCCCCUUCAAGGGAGGAGCAUGAGAGGGGGCUAAAGCGUGGCAAGAAGGCCGAGAGAGCAGACGAGGAUCUCCCACCUUCCAAAAAGCCUCGCUCGAGCAAAGAUGAAAUGCCUGAAAAUACGGAUGAAGCUGAUAUUGUGAAUGGAGUUGUAAAACCCCGAUUGCCAACCCAAAAACCGGCAACCGCUUCGACCGAAGCUCCAGUUUGCAAUGGCGAAGAGCUCACAAUAGCCAAGUCUCAAGCCCUCAAGUAUAAUCUGCUAGCCCAAACGGCAAAUGGAGAUAGCUGGCUAAAGCGUCUGAAGUCAUUGGAAAAUAAACAUAAACAAGAGAUAGCUCAAAUGCAAGAGCUUUGGCAAGCAGAGUCCGAGAAGCUCAGCAUAAUGGAAGCCGAGGCCCAAGGAACCAUCAGAGAUUUGAGGGCACAAUUAAAACACCUUAAUGAGGCACGAAGGGCUCGUCAAGAGGAGGAACAAAGAGCUUUAGGAAGCGGUGCCUAUGUUUCAUUAGAAGCCCGACAAUUUGAAGACCUUGAGGAAAUCUACCGAUUGACCAAAGAAAAUAGAGAAAUGCACAAGUUCUCUGAGUUUGCCGAUUUAGAUUUACCAGGAAGCCUAAAUAUAGGGCACGAAACGAUAGACGAUGCAAUGGAUCAAAUACAAUUUGAACUCUCCUCCAUCUCUUGUCACCACAUCAAUACUCCGCAGCUUUUUCCUAAGAUAUUUUCAAUGCCAAGGGACUUGCGUAACCUUAUAGAUUCGGCUUUCAAUAGUGACAUCGAAACCGCCAUUGGGAGAAAUGAAGUCGAAGUCAUUACAAAGAAAUUCGGUGCUCAAGUCUGCAUCAGAGCUCUUGUAUUGGCUGCGCUGAGAGAUUGGGUUUUUAUGUCAAAGUUUCCUAAUUUCGCCCCUUCAAACCCUCGCAUUCUAUCGAGUUAUAGGCACAUCAUCUCCGGUUUAGGCGGGGAAAGCAAGCUUUCUAGCUUGGAUAUAGCAGCUCAUCGCGCCAUUAUCGAAGGAAAAUGGCUCAAAGAAGAAUCGAUACCCAAAAGAGCCACAGAUCUAGCGGCCAGGUUCUCUGAUACAGUCGCUCCCUUGUUCGCAAGCACACCAUGCAAUGCGGAAUAUGGAUUGUUCCACACGUGGGGUGAGCAUUCAGAAUGUUGGAAAGACAGGCGAGCACAUCUGCAAGAAAUAUUCCAGACUGCAUUAACCUUGAAAGCCGAUUCUGUUGUAACAAAGUCCCGGUAUGGAUUUUCAAUCUACCCACCAGGUACAACAUUUGUUAGGGAUGAAACCGAUGUGAAAGGAACAAGCAGGCCUAAAAGUGGCAGUAGUUGGAUACAUGCAUCAUUUCACAUCUACGACGCUGUGAUUAUUGGCAAUAGCAACCAGAGCACGUUAGUGCAAACGGAAAAUUUCGUCAAGGUAUCCGAAGCAAGAACUAGUGCAAAGUACAGCAAGGAUUUGCUGUUCCCCAAGAGAUCGCCUGAAGUUGUUUCCAGUCGUGUCACAGAGGUCACGGAAACUCCGAUUCCCAAACACAAAAGUACGGAUCAAUCAAAAGCUAUCGUAGGAGCUGAAGCCUGCCUAAUACCACCGGUUCCAGAAAGUAAUGUUGAAAGUUUGAAAGCACAAAGAUCCGCUGGAGCAGGAGAUGAUGCGGAACCUGACCAUAGUGAAGAUUCACCCCUUCCGCGAUGCGAAGAAUGUGGCAAAGAGUUCCCGGCAAUAGCUCAACUUCGUAGGCACGAAAAGAACAGAAAAUGCACAGAGUGCCCCGAGUGCGGUAGAAGAUUUGCCCGCGUCACUACUUUACAGAAUCACCAAAAGGCCGAGCAUAGCGAAUAUCGUGCGCCCAGACCUGAGGAAUUCCCCAUCGAGCAGAGGCGGGCACACCCUGAACUGGGCACCUUAGUGAGCCAGGAAAAGAAUCAAUGCCAUAAAAAGGUUGAAACUGCUGAAGCCAGAGAUACCAGCCCGAAUCAUCAACGCAAUAAAAAUUGUACGGGAAACCAACUCAUCAAGGCACCGCGAGCAGUCUCGGCUGUUGCGUCAAACGCUAGACCGGCACAAGCAUGUCAUGAUAACCCCAGGCAGAAAAUUCCCGUAGGUGAAAUUGUUAACGCUAGGCCAAAAUGUGAUCUUUGUGGUAACGCGUUCUCGAGCAAGGAGAGUCUACAGCGCCAUGUUAGACAUAAUACCUGCUCACUCGAAUGUCCAGAGUGCAAGGAAAAGUUUGCAAGCCUCGAAGAAAGACGUUACCACCAGCGCAGGGAGCACAAGUCGGUAGAAAAAAAGCCAAAAGAUCUAACAAUACCUGAACCACAAAGUCCAUCGACUCCUCUCAAAGAAAGCGACAAAUCGCAGAUUUCAAAUCAGACGAGAACUCCGUCCUCGAAUAACAUUCAAAGACACGACAUAGAUGGUCAGCCUCGCUAUAAGAAAACCCCACGCAGAGAGACCGAGGAUUCAGAUGCUGAUGACAUGCUUUCCCCUUCGGAAACGGUGAAAACAAAACGUGCUCAAAGGAGAAGAUCUACUAGAUCUUCAGAUAGACGAGCUGAAGUGAGGAUAAUUGAUAGCCAGGAAGCAUUAGUCCGAUCCCGCGGAAAGCGAAGUAAGACUCCAGCAAUAGACGAAUGA